AGAGUUGUUUAUAUCAGCUACCCUUUUAAUCAAUCUCUUUUAAGUUCGUUCCUUGGAUAUUUCCUUCACCUCAUAAUUCCAUGGAUUCCAGUUCCAUAUCAUCGCUUUCCGAGGCAUGUCCGGAGACUAUGGACUUUCUUUCGCGUGCAUGGUGCGACUUUGCGGUUCAAGCUUUACAACCUGAGGUACACGAUCGAUCGAUCGUCAACGUAGACAAUCCGAUCAAGAAGUUUGAGAACGAUUCCUCGAUGUCAUUCACUAGGAUGGAGAAAAGCACAAAGGUUGAUGCUACUGAUUUCAAGUCGUCUUUGCCAUCGUGGAAAUCGAACGAUGUGAAGUCAUGGAUAUGGAUGCAACAAGCUAUGCAUCCAGAACUGAAUUACAGCAGCUGUUUACGAAAGAAAUGGAUGCCGUGGAAGAUAGUCCCCUUCAAGGGCAUUUCAAUCAAGAAAUGGUUGAAGGAGAUUAAAGCAAAGAGGAAGGAAGAAGAUAGGCUACAAAGAGCUGAAGUGCACGCAGCGAUGUCGGUGGCGGGCCUAGCAGCAGCGUUGGCUGCGAUCGCGGCCGAGAAUUCGAAAAGGAACGAUUGUAACAUGACCAAGGAGGCUGCAAUAGCCUCUGCAGCUGCUCUGGUUGCUGCACAAUGCGCCAAAAUGGCGGAAGCAAUGGGGGCUAAGAAGGAGCAGCUCGGCAGUGUUAUAGGUUCGGCCAUGAUUGGUACUGGUGCAAGUGAAAUCUUAACACUAACAGCUUCAGCUAAUAUAUCUUUAAAAGGAGCUGCUACACUUAAAGCAAGAACAGGGUGCAGAAACAGAUUCAAUGGUAGUGCCCCCAUCCUUCCAAUCCAGGACACCGAUGAUUUUCGGUUCGAGUUCGAGAAGUGCAGGAAGAUGCUAGCCAAGGGCACCGAGCUAGGAGUAGAAACUCCAGAUGGGAAAUACAGGGUCAGAUCAGUGUCCAUAGUACUUGAUGGUGAAUCAAAGGUCAUUCUUAAACUAAGGAAGCUCAGCCUGUUAAAAAGCAAGAAAGAAUGCAUCGUACUCGACCUGCAUGCUGAGUUGUACAGAGAUCCCGAAUCUGACGAGAUGACUGACACAUGCUACCUAAUCGUGUUGACGACAAAUUCGGGAACGAUUAAGCUAGACAUGGUGGAUGAUUACCAGUGUUACAAGACAUGGGCAACCACCACUAAUAACAUGCUCAUGCUUACAACUUCCUGUACCAAAUAUCAACUUCAGUUCCACAAGAAUUGAAGUUAACUGUGUUUCCUGUCAUCCGAUGCUCAUAUCGAUCUGUUUCAAAUACUUUUUUUUUAUCGUAUUGAAUAUCGAAUUACAUUGUAAGAAAAAAUGUUGUUGGGCAUAAAUAUAUGGAAUUUAUACAAUUCCUGACCGGUUGAGUUCUUUGCAGUGAAAUUCAUACGGACUUUACUGUUCUUCCUCAACACUUGGUGGGACAUCCUUGUACUUUGUCGUCUUUGAUUCAUGGACAAGAAGCGAGCUUUCUCAUGGUAACGAGAGAAGCUUUGGAGCUUCUAAAUUGGAUGUUUCCUAAAAGGAAUUUAUAGAUUUAUACAGUUUAGCUUGUUUGGGGCCA